CCAUCGCUGUCAGAUAUGCGAUUAGUGUAUUAAAAUGUCGGCACACGGAGAUUUUGUGUUAUAUUCAUGACAAAUAGUGUUUUUCUCGGGCUCUCAGUUGGAUUAGCCUCCUUGUAGCCCGAGAGUUGAGGAUCGCAUUCGCGUUGGAAUUAAGUGAAAUCGGGUGCCGGGUUUUGGACGGGAUUUGUUAAUGCUGUGAAACUGGGUUCUAGCUCGGUAAAGAUAUUCGUCCAUUUUGUAAGAUGGGGUGCUUUAGACAUACUGAUGAAGAGGAAAACCAGCGCAGGCAAACGAACAGAAAGAUUGAGAGGCAGUUGCAACGGGAAAAACAGUCCUACCGCGCGACACACCGACUGUUAUUGUUAGGUGCUGGAGAAUCCGGAAAGUCUACUAUUGUAAAACAGAUGAGAAUUCUCCACGUCAAUGGAUUUAAUUCUGAAGAACGAAAGGAAAAAAUAGAGGACAUAAAAAGAAACGUACGGGAUGCUAUUUUGACCAUCACUGGUGCCAUGUCCGUGCUGAAUCCACCAGUUAUGCUAGAAAAUCCGGAUAACCAGUUCCGAGUGAACUACAUACAGAACGAGUCAAUGGUGCCUGACUUUGAUUACCCAACAGAGUUCUAUGAACACACAGAAAUUCUCUGGAAAGACAAGGGAGUCCAAAGCUGUUUUGAACGAUCCAAUGAAUACCAGUUAAUAGAUUGUGCCCAAUAUUUUUUAGACAGAGUACAUAUAGUAAAACAACCAGACUACACACCUACAGAACAGGAUAUUUUACGAUGUAGAGUGUUAACUUCAGGAAUAUUUGAAACAAAGUUUACAGUUGAUAGGGUUAAUUUUCAUAUGUUUGAUGUGGGAGGACAGAGGGAUGAAAGGAGGAAAUGGAUACAGUGCUUUAACGACGUCACAGCUAUUAUUUUCGUGGCUGCGUGCAGUAGCUACAACCUGGUGCUGCGUGAAGACGCAACACAGAAUAGACUGAAAGAGUCCCUGGAACUUUUUAAAAGUAUUUGGAAUAACCGAUGGUUGCGGACUAUAUCUGUUAUAUUAUUUUUAAACAAACAAGAUCUGCUAGCGGAAAAGGUGAUGUCAGGAAAGUCCAAAAUAGAAGAAUACUUUGCCGACUUUAAACGUUACCAAAUUCCAGCAGAAGUGCAACUUGAGCCUGGUGAUGAUCCAGAAGUAGUGAGGGCGAAGUAUUUUCUUAGAGAUGAAUUUUUGCGGAUCAGUACAGCCUCCGGGGACGGGCGCCACUACUGCUAUCCCCAUUUCACCUGUGCUGUAGACACUGAGAACAUUCGUCGAGUGUUUAAUGACUGUCGUGAUAUCAUACAAAGAAUGCACCUGAGACAGUACGAGCUGCUGUGAUGUCAUACGUGCGCGGUGCGGGCUGUUUUUGAGCCUUGCUUUCAUUGCAUCUGCAUUGUUGUAGUAACACCACUGGAAUGUGAAGAAAAGAAAAGAACUUUGACAACUUAACAUACGCGCUUACCAUAACAAAACAGAUAAACAACAGACUCUUUAAUAUGUGUACAAAGAUGUUAAUUGGAAGUCGUUGAGAAAAAUAGCUUGAAAACAAACUUAAACAGUGGUACAAUUGUUGCAAUUGAGAGUAGUACAUUUGGCGUUUGUUCUUACAUUUUUGUAUAUCAUAGCACAAAACUGAACAAUGUACUGUGUAGGCAAUGUGAGAAUGUCGUGCAUUUGUGCCGCAGGUUUCAAGCCUGUAAAUGUUUUGUUUUUCGUUUGUUUUUAUAGUGUUAUAGAAACAGAGAUGACGUCAUCUUUGUUCAUACAAUUUUAUGGAAAUGGAGGUAAUGAAUUUUCCAUGCUAAGUUCUUGAAGCUUUGAAUUAGCUUUUGAAAAUAGAAUUGAAAAAGCAUACUGGAGUGGGAUAUUUUUAUAAUUCUUUAAAUACCAAAUUUGUAAGCAUCACAAAGAUAUUUAUAUUUCUUGUACGAGGUUUUCUGUAAGAUUUUUUAGUGAAAAUGAAAAUAUCAGGAAAGAAUUGCAUUUAUAGUCACACAUAAAAUACAUACUGUACUUAUUUUCUCAAUGGUGUGUUUAUGCAUGAACUUGCAUAAAUAUGUUUUACACACAUGUAUAUCUAGAUAACAGUAUAGUCUGUGUUGAAAAUAUGAACAUGAAGCUAGAGUAUGAUCAUUAUAGGAAAAUGUGAUUAAAUUCAUUUUGUUCAGUUUUGUGUGAGUUUUUUUAUCAGAAGAAGUGAAGUUGAAAUACAUAAUGUGCAGAAUAUCAGUAUAAAAUCCUCUGUUUUGGAAAUAAGAGACAAGGCAUAUGAAAUUGAAAUGAUUGAGCAUAAAAGGGUGAUAACUAUCCUGGUAUAUAAUGAUCAACGUUGCGAUUUUUGUGGGAUAUGUUUGUGUUUAUUCAGUGUAACUUUAAUGAACUCGUCAAGUCAUGUGAUAGUUUCAUGUGUUUGAAGAUGCGAAUAAGGAAUUAAGUGUGUGAUUUUUUGUUCUGGUUUUGUUUGAUUGUAAAUCUACUCAUUAUCUUGUGACUUUUAGGACAUGUUUUUAAAUUAAAUGCUUUUUGAAAUAUAUUUCAUUUAACAUAAUGUUUAUUUAUUGUUUAUUUAUAGAAGACGGUUUUGUACUGAUUCUUGUUUAUAUUUAUUUGACAGUUUCCUUUUUCAAAUAUUUAUGUAAUAAAAAAAUUCUGUCUAAGGCAUUAUAUUUAGAUCAUUUGUAGUAUUGCCUGAAAAGUAAGAAGUUAAGUUCAACAUAAAAAACUACCGGGUAUUUGACAUCAUGGUGGUUGGUCAUUCUCAGAUCACUCAGUGCACAUUUAUCUAGUAGUAAAUAUGGCAGUUCAAUGUUAGUUAUUAUGACAGCCAGUCUUUAUUUAUUUUUUUAAUCUAAUUGUCACUAUUGUCACAGUGACCAUCAUUUUAAUUGUCACUAUUGUCACAGUGACCAUCAUUUUAAUUGUCACUAUUGUCACAGUGACCAUCAUUUUAAUUGUCACUAUUGUCACAGUGACCAUCAUUCUGACCUAAAGAACACUUUGAAUAUAACUUGAAUAAUCCACAGUAAUAAUUGAGUGUAUGGUAAGCAUGAAACUUUUGAAAUUAAUUAAGAAAAUAUUCAUUGAACUUUAAACAAACAUAUGUAACUAUACCUGGCUGUAUGAAGUAUCUUCUUCAAUUGUCUUCUUUUAAAAUGCUUUGAAUCAUCUUUCAUUGCCUUGGACUUUAACAAGACUUGUUUGUUAAGCAAUUAACUUAAUAAAGUCAAUCUUUCUGAAUUGCUUUAUCCCUUUACCACUUAGAUACAUAUUUUGACGCAUUUGUAGUCCCUUAGAAAGUUAAAUUUAAUUAAAGACCUGCUAGAUUUAAGUUUUAAAGGCUUCAUUUCCAACCUUUAGAUACUGGUGAUCUGCAAACAGAAUAAAACCAGAACAGACUACAUUGUCAAUAAAAUAUAUCAUCCAAGAGUCAAAUAUAUAUAUAUUAUGUAUGCAGAUAGCUCUCAUAAUAACUGGCCAAUGUCCACACACAUAUUGUUCCAUGUAUAAAGUAAAGAGAAUAUGUUGUGCGGCUGAGCAUUCAAAUAAUAUGACUUUUCUGGAGAAAAUGUGCCUGCAUGUAGAUCAUGUGACUCUUGUUAUAUUGAACAGUCUUUUUGUAAUUUUUAUAUGUGGCUAAUUAAGUAUAAGUUUCAGAUACAGUUUUCUUUGUGCUAUUUUGAUGUUUUACGUAAAAUACUUUGUAAAGAGGGAUUUUCCAUCACUUUAAUAUGUCCUUUCUGCUCCUUUACAUUUUUGUCAUUGAAGUGAGUCUUAUUUUUGCAACCUGUCUGAAAAUAGUAACAGUCAUUGGAAAAAUCUCUAUAAACUAGAUUCAGUGCAAAACUGUGCAUUAUUGACUUGUCGCAAGAUUUAUGUAAAAUGUGUACCACCAUUUUUUGCUCGCUGUUAAAUAUUGUUGACUGUUUUUCGUGCAGUACCUGUAAAGUGGAUUGAUAACGUUUGCCUUAUACAAAUGUUUCUAAUAUACAAUUUCUGCUGCUCUGUUAUUUUAAGAAUUUUAAAACCUACUUCGAGACUUGUUUAUUGCUUAUUAUAGCAGCUAAAACAUAUUUUUGGAGUGAUGUGUACUGGAUUCACUAUGGACAUCUGUAAGUAGACUUAAAAUGUGCACCAUUUAAAUUUACAUGUGUUGUUCCUCAUGAUUUGACAUUAUGCAUAUGCAUUCUUUAUGACCCUAUGUUAAAAAUUUGCUAAAGUUAUGCCUCUUUGCCAACUUAAAAAAACCAUAACAUGAUGGUUACAACUUGCAGCAUGUGACAACAUGCAUCAUCUGGGAGUUAUUUGUUGAUACUGUGACCAGCUCUAGUUUAAAUUGCUGCUCAAAUUUUCAAUUUAGUGAAAUACAAACUUGGUAGGGAAGUAAAUAUAAUUGUUUUAAAUGAAUUCUAAGUUUAUGUUACAAACCUCUUUAAUUAAAAAGUUUAGUAGGGGUAAAACAUGAAAUCGCGUUUCAGAUACAUUUCUUUAUUUCAAACUGGUAAUUUAUCAAUUCCUAAUUGCAAACUAUUUAAGCAUAUUUUGGUUUAAGAAUUUAAGAAAAUGGCAAUUAAUUAGUAUUAAUCUUUAAAGCUCACCUGGGCAGGUUUUGUGAUUUAUCCUUUGUGAACAAUCAUCUUGUUAACACUAGACACAACAAUUAUUGUCCAAUCAUGAUAAAUCUUGGUUCAAACAUUGCUCCUUUGGCCAAGUUCAAAACUAGGUCAGGUGAUGUAUGAAACUAGGUAGCCAGGUUAAAUGAAAGAAGAUGCUAGUUGACAUUCUUGAAGUUACAAUUUAUAUCCAAUCUUCAAGAAACUUGCUCAGAACAUAAACUAUUUCCUGAGUUCAAAAAUGGUUUUGAUCUAUUAAAAUGUAUUGUGGCCAGGAGCGCGGCGCAGUUUUCCUUAUAUUGCUGUAGUGAAACCUAGUAAAACUUUAGUAGUAGUCACAUUUUUGGCUUCAUUAGCUUGAAACUUGCUCAGGAAAUAAGAUUAAUUUAUACUUUGGACAAGUGUUUUAAUAUUUCCAAAAACAUUGCAAAAGCUGCUUAGAACAAAUUCCUUUGGGUUUCAGGUGAGCCAUCUGCAGCAUUUGGUCCUUUUAUUUCUUGUGAAAUGUGAACUUAAAUACAAUUGAAUGUAGAUAACAGUCCAUUAUAAAAGAAAUAUUUAUGUUUUCAGAUAUUUGUUGUUUUUUUUAAAGAAAAUCUUAAACAUUCAAAUGUAAUCACUAAAAUGGUCAUUUGAUUUGAACUCGGUGGAUUUGGUUGUGAUAUUUGUUUAUUUACAUGAAAUUCUUUCUAUAAAGAUGAAGUCAAUAUGAAUUUUAACAAAUGAGGCUCACAAUCGAAAUAUCUUUUUGCGAAUCUGUUUGUUAUGGAAGAUGACAUAUUGUUAUUAUAUCUCAACCUCUGCGCAGAGAUUUGGAACUUACAUGACUGGAUCAAAUCCCUGCCGUUAUAACCAACUACUGAUGAUAGUUGAGCCACCUGGGUACAAUAAUUUUCCUGUUGUUAUUUUUACUUUUUUUUUUUCUUUUUUUUUAAUAUAUAGACCUAAACUUAUAUACUAUUUUUCAAAAUAUAAAAGAAAAUGAUACUACUUUUGAUAAUGUAAUACUUAAAAAAGAAAUCCUUCCAGAUAUGUGCAGAGAGAGCAAGGAACAACAACUCUGCGUGGAGAUUGAUGGUAUCUGUCAACAUUUAUACUGUGUAGUUAUAUCUCUGUUAACACUGCUUCUCUCUGGAAGAUUACAAGUCUUUUUUGGGGGAGUGUACAAACUUAUGUAUCAUUUUUUGUUGUUUCUAUAGUUAUAUAUAGUGUGUUUUUACUUUCAACUAAUUGACUGCAAUACAUUUGUACUAGUGUUUUUGUGUUCACUUUUUUAACUAACAUACAAACAUAUUUGUGCUUGAGACAUUUUUAUGAUAAAAUAUUUUAUGAAAAACUGUUUGUUCUUUACAACUAUUUAGCAUAUUUUAAAGACUCACGGUGAUACAAUGAUGAUUUUAUGUGUUUUGAAGAGCACAAUUUGUUGUGAUUGAGUUUGCAAAUGCUGUAAGUAGCAUUGACGAUACGUGGAAAUAACACUCCCUCACAGAAAAAUGAAUGUUGAAAACCACUGUACAUUAUAAAAGUUUACUGUAAUAUAAACAUGUACAUAUUUAUAUACAUGUAUAUAUAAAUAUAUAUAUAAAUAUAUGUUAAGUCAUUGUUUUGGAAUCAACUGUUGUGUCUGCAUUAUCAGUUUCUGAUGUAUUGAACGCUGAUAGCUUAAAACUGUUGCUGUAGAGUUUGUCUAAAGGUUCAGACAUGUGUCUCAUCUUUAUAUACAGAAUGUGCAGCAAGUCAAUAUGGUAUACACAUGUUUCACUAGGAAAGCAUAGAAACAAAUCUUAACUAACUGUGCUGAGCAAACAAAUGUAACUUUUUACAACAGAUAGCUAGCAUUGUAUUUAUCUCAUACUCAAUUGUGCCACUGUUAGGGGAAAAAAAAACAAUGCUUUUUCAAAAACAACCUCAUACAUUUAUAUACUUAGCAUAGACCCGUUUUCACAGGUAAAUUUGUUCAGUAGCAUAUCUGAUGGAAGUUAUGUAAUCUUGGGAAAUUGUAAUAUGUAAAUAAUACCUUUUUUACAAAUUAAUAAAUAUAACCUUGUUAGAAUUUUUUUUUCGUUGAUUUUUUUACACCUGUUAUUAUUAUGCCCCCCUUCGAAGAAGAGGGGGUAUAUUGCUUUGCACAUGUCGGUCUGUCCGUCCACCAGGUGGUUUCCUGAUGAUAACUCAAGAAUGCUUGGGCCUAGGAUCAUGAAACUUCAUAGGUACAUUGAUCAUGACUCGCAGAUGACCCCUAUUGAUUUUGAGGUCACUAGGUCAAAGGUCAAGGUCACGGUUACCCGAAAUAGUAAAAUGGUUUCCGGAUGAUAACUCAAGAACCCUUAGGCCUAGGAUCAUGAAACUUCAUGGGUAGAUUGAUCAUGACUCGCAGAUGACCCCUAUUGAUUUUCAGGUCACUAGGUCAAAGGUCAAGGUCACAGUGACCCCAAAUGGUAAAAUGGUUUCCGGAUGAUAACUCAAGAACGCUUAGGCCUAGGAUCAUGAAACUUGAUAGGUAGAUUGAUCAUGACUCGCAGAUGACUCUAUUGAUUUUCAGGUCACUAGGUCAAAGGUCAAGGUCACAGUGACCCGAAAUAGUAAAAUGGUUUCCGGAUGAUUACUCAAGAACGCUUGGGCCUAGGAUCAUGAAACUUCGUAGGUACAUUGAUCAUGACUUGCAGAUGACCCUAUUGAUUUUGAGGUCACUAGGUCAAAGGUCAAGGUCAUGGUGACCCGAAAUAGUAAAAUGGUUUCCGGGUGAUAAAUCAAGAACGCUUAUGCCUAGGAUCAUGAAACUUCAUAGGAACAUUGAUCAUGACUCCCAGAUGACCCCUAUUGAUUUUGAGGUCACUAGGUCAAAGGUCAAGUUCACGGUGACCCGAAAUAGUAAAAUGGUUUCCGGAUGAUAACUGAAGAACGCUUAUUCCUAGGAUCAUAAAACUUGAUAGGUAGAUUGAUCAUGACUCGCAGAUGACCCCUAUUGAUUUUCAGGUCACUAUAUCAAAGGUCAAGAUCACGGUGACCUGAAAUAGUAAAAUGGUUUCCGUAUGAUAACUCAAGAACGCUUAUGGCUAGGAUCAUGAAACUUCAUAGGUACAUUGAUCAUGACUGGCAGAUGACCCCUAUUGAUUUUCAGGUCACUAGGUCAAAGGUCAAGGUCACAGUGACAAAAAACAUAUUCACACAAUGGCUGUCACUACAACGGAGAGCCCAUAUGGGGGCAUGCAUGUUUUACAAACAGCCCUUGUUAAAUAUUGCAAUUAUGACAUGCUUAUAUUUUAAAAAUGAAAUGAAACCAUCCCUUUCAGUGUGCAUCAUGCAAAUACAGUGAUGGUUUACUUAUUCUGUAUUUUUUUAUAAUUUUCUUUUGCAUUUUUGGAAAUAUUUACAGACUUGUGAAUGUUUUGUUGAUAAUUUAUCAUUUUCAUAAAAUGUUGGCAAUGUAAAGAAGUUUGGCCGAUUACAAUGAAAAUCGAAUGGUUGUUUUCUUGUUGAUAUUCAAAAUACAUUGCAUAAUGAAUACCUGUUAUAUGUGCUACUAAGCACUUUGUUUUACACACAUUUCUGUUUUGUUUUUUGUGUGCACUUUAUGACUAAUGCGUUAUCAAAUUCAUAUGUGUUGGUGCGUUUAAGGUAUAAUAUGUCAUUUUACUCAAUGAUAACUAUGAUGUUGGAUAGAAAAUAAAUCGGGUUGUGUAGCUUUUGAUUUCUGCUUUUCUUAGUUUUAAAAAACUAAAGAUGAAAUCUUCAGUUAUGAACUGAAUACAAAUCCAUAUAAUAUUUUACUGUCCAGUACCAUUGAUAUCUUGUUCUAUUAAAAGCUUAUACUUAAAUGUCCUGUAUUAAAUUAAGAAGGCGUUGAUAAAAUAUCAUUUUAGCUCACCUGAGCUUUUGGGAUCACCUUUUGUCCAUGGUGCGUCGUCCGUCAUCAAAAGUUUGCCUUGUGAACACUCUAGUGGCCACAUUUAUUGUCUGAUCUGCAUUAAACUUGGUCAGAAGAUUUGUCUCAAUGAUAUCUUGGUCGAGUUAGAAACAGGGUCAUGCUGGGUCAAAAAAAAGAGAAAAACCUUGUUAACACUGUAGAAGUCACAUUUGAUGCCCAAUCUUCAUGUAACUUUGUCAAAAUGUUUGUCUUAAUGAUAUGUUGGUUGAGUUCAAAAAUGGUUCUGGUCUGUUUAAAAACAUGGCCACCAGGGGGCGGGGCAGUAUUCCUUAUAUGGCUAUGGAGAAACCUUGUGAACACUCUAGAAGUCACAAUUUUUGUCCAAUCAUCAUUAAACUUGGUCAAAACAUUGGUUUCAUUGAUAUCUCGAAUGAGUUCGAAAAUGGUCCAGAUUGGUGAAAAAACAUUGCUGCCAGGGGGAGGAGCAGUUUUCUCGAUAUGUAUAUAGUGAAAACAUGUGAACACUCUAGAAGUCACAUUUGUGGUACAAUGUUCAUGAAAUUGGUUAGAAUAUUUGUUUCCUGGAUGCGAGGGUUGAGUUCGAAAAUGGUUCGGAUCGGUAAAAAAACAUGGCCUCCAGGCUCCAGGGGGGGGGGGGGGAUAAUUUUCCUUAUAUUAAUAUCGUAAAAAAAAAUACAUGUGAACACUCUAGAAGUCACAUUUUUUGCCUAAUGAUCUUGCAAUAUUGUAUAAACAUUGAUUUUAUAGAUAUCUUAGACGAGUUUUAAAAUGGUCAUGAUCGGUGGAAAACAUGGCCGCCAGGGGGUGGGGCAUUUUUCUCUAUAUGUAUAUAGUGAAAACAUUGUGAACAGUCUAGAAGACACAUAUUUUGCCCAAUCUUCAUGAAAUUUGGUCAUAAUAUUUGUUUUCUGGAUACAAUGGUUUAGUUCGAAAAUGGUUCGAAUCUGGAAAAAAAAACAUGGCCACCAGUGGGGGGGGUCAUUUUCCUUAUAUUUACAUAGUAAAAAAAGCUUGUGAACACUCUAGAAGUCACAUUUUUUGCCUAAUCAUCAUGAAAUUUGGUCAAACAUUGAUUUGAGGAUAACUCGGACUAGUUCGAAAAUGGUCGUGAUGAUCAUUUGAAAAACAUGGCUGCCAGGAGGGUGAGACAGUUUUCUCUAUAUGUAUAUAGUGAAAACAUGUGAACAGUCUAGAGUACACAUUUUUUGCCAAUCUUCAUGAAAUUUGGUCUGAACAUUUGUUUCCUGGAUAUGACGGUUGAGUUUUAAAAAUGGUUCGGAUCGUAAAAAAAUAUGGCCACCAGGGGGGGGGUAACUUUUUCUUAAGAUUUAUAUAGUAAAAAAGCUUGUGAAUACUCUAGAAGUCACAUUUUUUGCCUAAUCAUCAUGAAAUUUGGUCAAAGCAUUGGUUAUGUGGACAUCUCGGAAGAGUUUGAAAAUGGUCAUGAUCAUUUGAAAAACAUGGCUGUCAGGGGUAGGGGCAGUUUUCUCUGUAUGUACAUGUAUAUUGUGACAACAUGUGAACAGUCUAGAAGACACAUUUUUUGCCCAAUCUUCAUGAAAUUUGGUCAUAACAUUUGUUUCCUGGAUAUUUCGUUCGAGUUCGAAAAUGGUUCGAAUCAGUAAAAAAACAUGGCCACCAUGGGGGGGUCUUUUUUUGUUUCAUAGUGUUCCUUUCUGAAGAGAUUAUUAUGAUGAUGAUUGGUUGGGGAUGAAGUACAACAAACAUAUUUAUGCCAUAUGAAAACCCUUUAUUAAAUAUUCUCAAAAGUUUAAGUAGUAAUAUUGAUUUCACAGACAAUUACUUAGGGGAGAAACAACUGUAUAUAACUUGAAUUGUGUUUGACCUUCAAUCAUGAAUGCAUGGCUUUUCAGGAAUGCACUAUUAUUUUUCCAAUGAUCCCAUUUAUUCACCUGCUUAUCAGCAACUAAUUAAUUCUCUAUUGACUGUGUCUGAAUUGUUCUGGUACAGUAGUAUUCAUUGAUGCCUUUUGAAAUGGUAAUGUGAUGUAACAGGCUUGCAGCUUAAAUGCCCUUAGUCCCUAGAAAUAGGCCCCAACUGGGAACUCACAUCAAAGACCUUCUGACUGAUAAUAGUGGCACACAAAUUGUUAUGGCACGCAGUUUAUGGAUGAGUUCGGUAGUUAUUGGUGUGAUUAUCAAAGAUUUGCGUUUUAAAUAGGGUUGAUUGUUGUUUUAAUUGGAAAUAUCAUUGCAAGGUGUGUGAAAAUAGUUCCAGUUUGUUUAAAAGCAAGGCCCUGAGGUGGGAUUUCUUUGUAUUGCUAUAGUGAAACAUUGUGAACUCUCUAUAAGUCUCAUUUUAGUUAAAUCUUAAUGAAACAUGCUGAGAACAUAUUUAUGUUCCUAUAAUAUAUUGAUUUACUUUGAAAAUGGAUCCGGUGCUCUGAAGAGCAUGGUUUCCAGGGGCGAGCGAAUUUCUUCUUGUGAACCUGGUGAUAAUAUUUAUAUUUCAUGAAGUACUUUUAUUAUUUUGAACUCCACCUUCCCAGAAUAGUUUUGUUCCUUCAGGUCUCAGGUGAGCACGUUAGGGCCCAUGGCCCUCUUGUUUAAAGAUGUUCGAUUUUUUUUUAAUUACUAUCACAAUAAGCAUAGCAUUUUUCUUGUGAAAUGUUAUAGAUUUUGUGCAACUUUUCUGUCACUGAGAAGUUUCUUUUUUAUAACAAAUUAUAUAUCUGUGUCAUCUAGUUUUUGUACAAAAAUGAGUGUCUUUAUUUAUUAUUUAUUCACUGACUUGUUAAAGAAUCUUCUAAUACUCAUGAUAUGUGAUUGGAAACUCUUCACAGAAGCAUUCACUAAAGGAAUAAUUUUCUCAAAAACCAUAACUAUGUUGUAUUCAUCUUAAUUGACCAAGCAAAAAGGGUAUGGAAGGCAUUUUUUGCAUUAUCAAAUGUGGUAAAACAAUGAUUUAAAUUAAUAACAUUAUAAAACAUUUUUAGGAAGUACAGGUUGUUUUAUUUGGAUAAUUACUGUUUAAUGUAUUGUAGUUUAUUAGAUCAACUAGAGAAUUUGUUAUAUUAAUUUUACUUACAUUGACAAAAUCAGAAAUGUUUUGUUUUCACAUGAAUUCAAACAAUAUUUUUUUUUAACAGCAAAAACAAAUAAUUUGUUUUGAAGCCAUAUGCUCCUAGUUUGGUAUGCUACUAUAGAUUUAGAUAGUCAUAUAUAAUAUAUUCAUUCCAAACAUUAGUUGCUACAAAAAUUUAAUUACAUGUUUUGAUUCUCUGGAACCAUGCCAAAAAAAUAGCCACUCCAUAUGAGCUUUCAACAGUACCACACAAUUACUUGUUGCUGAUUUUAAAUAUAUCAGACAGAUGAUUUUCUGAUUAUUUAUGAGUACAUUUGUAAGAUAUGAUAACACUUGAGACAGUAGCAUCUUGAAAAUGUCAUGUAAUGCUUAGCUACAUUGUUACUUUGUUUGUGAGUUAAGAUGAGCGUGCGAUAACCAUUGACUACAUUUGAAAAUUGUUGUGCGCAAAUAUUACUGUAUCGCUUUUUAGCCAAAGUAUGUAGCUUGUAUUAUUUGUCCGGGUACUUUGUCUUUAACUCUUUUUUAUACUGUUUCAAGAAGUUUAUGUACAGCCCCUGAUGCACAUUUUUUUUUUUUUGCCUUUAGUCUGAGAAACAUUUGAAUAAUUAAGUCCCGAGUUGUUUUAGACAAUUUUAAAGACACCCCAUGUUUGUUUCAUGGUUUUAAGUAAAUUUCAAAUAUAAUUGUCUCUGUAAAACCAAAUAAAUUCUUGGAAUACAGUGAAACCAUUAUUAUUUGUGAAGCAUUAAUUUUUGUCUAUUUCAUCAGUGUACUGAUAAACAAAUUUAAGAUCCUAACGUAUAUGGAAAAUCUCUAUUACAAGUUAAAAUUUUAUUUCAUAUGUUUAAUACAAUAUAGGUUUUGUAUUCUUACAUAUGUAUUUGUACAGUGUUUUAUGGAAAUACAGAGACAUUGUUUAAAUUAUUAAGCAUAGUAUAUAACAAAUAAAAAAACUGCAUUUCUGUAAAUAAAGACCUAAUUGUGAUCUAUUGCCAAACACUGUACCUGCCGUAUAUUUAUUUUUAUGUCAAUAGUUUUGGAAUGACACUGCACAGCACAUUUGCUGUAAAUUUUUAGGAAUAAAUGUUCACUACAUAAAGAUAAGGUUGAUCAUACCUUCAUGUUGACAAAUUUACACGUAUUAAUGAUGUUUCAAGUUGGAAUUACAUCUUUAAUCUUUUCCUGGAAAAAGUAAAAAUAUGAUCUGAUGUCUUCUUUAGGAAAGCAGAAGAACAGUUAUGAAAAGGGUUGAAGACAUAAGCACAGACGGUUUUGAUUGUUUAUUGUGACAAGUGUUUGGCUAUGACUGUUUACAAUUCUCAUUACUGAUAAGGGGUAUAUAACCAACAAAUUUGUUGGGAAUAUAUCAGAUUUUUUAUGAAGAAAUAUGUAAUAAAAUAUUAGUAGGAAA